AUGGAGAUCCGGAAGCAGCAGCAGCAGAUCGACAAUUUAAGACGUGAGCUGGACAAACACCGCGGGCGGGCAGAGCCGCUUGAUGCACGGAAAUCACAAAUACUACGGGAGGAAGAAGAGUGGUAUGAAGAUGAGAUCAGUGACCGACUGCGUAACUUGGGGCGUUUGGAGCUCAACCGCGCCGAAAAGGAGCGGCGUGACGCAGAGAGACUCGAGGAGGGGGAGAAGGACGCAGCCCGGCUGGAGGGAAUAAAGCGGACUGACAGCGGGGGGGACUUGAAGGUAAAUACAAAGCUCGAGGCAGCAGAGCGCGAGAGGCUCUGGAGGAAAACUCUCGAGGAGGAUCGCCGCACAGCGGCUGAGGUUGAGGACAAGAAGAAAAAGGAGCAAGUCAUGAAAGCUGCUGCGAUCGAGGAAUGGAAGCAGGAGCAAGAGCGCAGACGGAAGGAAGAGACCGUACUGAAGGACAAGGAGUUCCGAGAGCGCCUACGCUCGGAGUUUGGGUAUACUGAGGAAGAGAUCGAGCAUAUGCUUAAUAAGAAAACGAAGAAGACAGAGUGGGAGACAGACAAGAAGAAGGCAGACGAGGAGAAGACAGACCAAGGGAAGGCGACGUGGAUCAAGCACGACAGCCACUAUAUCAUCAUCAAGCGUUGGAUCACGGAAGACUUCCAGGACGAGCUCUUCGCCCACACCCGCCGCAUACGUGCGUCCAAGCUCGACACCCGAACUGGCAGCGACCUCUAUAAGGACAAAAUGUAUACGGUGCAGAAGGGAAGCAUUCCGCAUGAAUGA